AUGACAGAUUAUGAGGGUUUCAAACAACUGGAAGUCAUCCGUAUAUCAGAGUUAACCAGAGCUACGGAUAACAACACUAUAUUAGUGAUCAGUGCUUAUAUGUUAAGUCUGGAUACGGAAUAUGUUAACAUGCUCAAUGAAUUUACUCGUAAAAUAUUGUGUGAAUGGGAUUACAACGACUACAUUAUGAUGGACCUGUUGACCGCGAUCACCCUAUUCAAUCCGAAUCGACCUAAUAUAGUCCACAGACAUAAUGUUAGGCUCGAGCAACAAUUGUACAUUUAUUUACUACAAAGAUAUUUACUGUUCAAAUAUGGAUCGGAAUCGGAGUCAAAGCUACAAAAACUUAUGUUUUCACUACAAAUGCUACAAAUGUUGAGUAACAUUGAGUUGGUUGUGGUUAUGAAGAAUUUCAAACCUUUUACUGAUAGUAUGGGACCCCUUAUGAAGGAAAUUUACCCUGUUAAUAACAAUUAGUGUC